CCUAUGGUUACGUCCAUAGUGCCACACUCAUUUUUCGCGCCAACACUCAUAACCGUCUGUCCAAGUCAAAAGUCAAACUGUCAAAAUGAACUCUGCUCUUUUGGUCUCGAUUGUGCUCAAUCUUUUCGCCUGUAUCCAAGGCUUUCCCAACGGAGCUCCCAAUUGCAAAGUUACCGUUCCCAAGCACUCCAAGGAUCCCCAAACGUCCGAUCAACCUUACGAGAUCCAUGCCAUCCAAACGACUGACAAUAACUUCUUGAUUGAAAUUGGCCAUGAGAAUGCGACCGAAUUGUUCAGGGGAUUCGUUGUCAUGCAGAAAAACCCCGACCAUGCCCAAUCUGGCCAUUGGGUGAUUCCUGAAGAGUUCAGAGAGUCUGUCAAGAUUUUGGAAUCAUUGGACGAGUCGACGGGAGAGUUUCACCAAUGCGGUGUGACCCACUCGAAUAAUUUGGAUAAGGGCGUGGUUCGGGUUCGAUUUGAGGCCAAAGAAGAAUUUGAAGAGCUAGAGGAUCCAGAGUUUAUGGCCAUCAUGGUCCAGAGUUUCGGUGUUUUCUGGGUCGACAUUCCCGUUACCGUGGCCGAAGUUCAUCUGACAGACGACCAAUAACAACUUUUAGAUAUCAACUCUCUUUUAUGAAUUAAAGACUUCACCACUUAGCAAA